UAAAAGGCAUGGAUUUUUUUUUUGUUUGAUUUAAUUUCCCGCUCAUUUUCCUCCAACAAAUUAUCAACUCACUUGAAAUCACUGAACAUAUUAAAUGCACGAAUACAUGUACAAAUAAUAAUUGUGUGAAAGUUGUUGGAAUCAUACAUACGAGCUCUAAUAAUCACCGUAAAACAUUUUAUAUCACUCCUGGAUGUUUGAACUUUACGACAAGAGAUUACCUACUUCAUUUUGUGGAUGUAUUUAACAAACCAAAUAUCGAUGUGUUUUAUCAUUCUGAAAAUGGGGAUUUGAAUGAUGAUAACUUGCUAAAAGACAUUCCGAUUCGAAAUUUCAUGUGCAAUAAUUUCAAGAAACCAGAGAAAAUCCUGCAACAUGCUUCAAACAGCACUAAAAGUUUGUGGAUUUCCACACAGCUCCCAAUGUGUUCUUCAGCUCAUCAAAUUCUGACUAAGAACUUUGAAAAGUUAGCUGCUUGCCUCCCAAUUUUUGAUCUCAAUAGCCUAUUGAGCAUGACCACCCCCAUUAUUGAAAUACGAUCAACCAAACGAAUCAGAGAGAAAGAUCUGAACUUGUUCCUGAAGCAUAGGAUGUAUGGGGUUUCCAACUGCCUUCUGAAGUAUUUCAAGAUAAGAGCUAAAGACUAUGAGAUUAACCUGAACGGAGAAGCUAUUGGUAAAGGUAUUUGGUGUCAGAAACAGGCUGAAUCUCAAAGAAGAAUCUGCAAGUUUGAGGAUCCAGUGAGCGGCGAUCCACGAAUAACGCUAGUUUACGGUGGCUAUAAUAUUCAGAGAAACGACGGAGUUCGAGCGACGUUUAAUUAUUCAUCGGGUUCUUUUUAUUUGAUAGUUUGGGACUGA